AGAAUAAAUUGAAGACUCCACGUCCUCCUUUUUCGCGUGGUGUCGUUUUCCUUUCUCAGGUGAAACAGAGAAGGGGAAAGAGUAGUUCCCAACGCAGCGGACGGCGACGACGUGCUUCUCUCUUCCAUCAGAUUUGGUUUUCUGAUUAAGCUGACAACAUGCUGAGGAGUCACCAGACUGAAAAUGUUUGGAAACAUCAAGUGACUGGUGUUCGAAAAGGACGAACUGUGCCCCAGUAUCCAACUGAAAGGCCUUCAGAUGUUCAACAACAAGGACACUAUGCUGAAUGUGAACAGGAUCAGUAUUCUCAGCAAGGUCGUGGUGACAAGGGUUAUUAUCAGCGUAAAUUUGGUGGGAAAUCACAUGUAAGUUCAUCAGAACAGCCCGAUGGUCCUGCACCAGGAAAUGGAAGAAGUGGUUUGCCCCAUCCAAGUGGUGGAAAGUCAUCCAAGCAAAGGUAUUUAGUCAAAGGAAGUAGUGCUAUUCCUGGUGGGCAUGGGGCUGGUUUGUCAGUUGCAGGUGCAUCAAGGCCACCGGCUCCCGAUCUGCACCAAGCAUCAGUAGAGACAAGGUUAUUACAUCAAUCAGUGGACUCUCUUGCACAACAUUUUCAGCAAGUGACUGUUGAGGGUACAACAAUAAGUGAAACAAUUCAUCCUGCGGUUCCUGCUUCUAGCAAGUCUUUAAGUUUUCCAUUGCGUCCUGGAAAAGGUAGCAUUGGCAUCCGUUGUGUGGUGAAGGCGAACCACUUCUUGGCCGAGUUACCUGAUAAAGUCCUUCACCAUUAUGAUGUUUCAAUUAUGCCUGAAGAUAAAUCUCGAGCUGUCAAUCGAGCUGUAAUUCACCAGCUAGUGAGUUUGUACAGGGGUUCUCACUUGGGUGGACGAUUACCGGUCUAUGAUGGUCGAAAAAGUCUCUACACUGCGGGACCACUUCCAUUCACUUCUACAGAAUUUCAGAUCAUUUUAUCUAACGAGGAUGAUGGUUCAGGCAAACAGAGGAAGUCAAAAUCAUUUGGAGUUGUUAUUAAGCUGGUUGCCAAGGUGGAUCUUCAUCACCUGAAAAUGUUUUUAUCUGGACAAAUAGCUGAUGCUCCUCAUGAAGCUCUACAAGUUCUUGAUAUUGUGCUUCGAGAAUUGCCGACCACAAGAUAUUCUCCAAUUGGCCGGUCCUUUUAUUCACCAAGUUUAGGCAGGAGACAACGACUUGGUGAAGGUUUAGAAAGCUGGCCAGGUUUUUACCAAAGCAUUCGUCCGACACAGAUGGGUCUCUCACUAAAUAUUGACUUGUCUUCUACUGCUUUCAUUGAGCCCCUUCUAGUGGUUGAUUUUGUCGCUCAGUUGUUGAAGAAAGACAUCAGAGCAAGACUCCAUGAUGCUGAUCGAGUAAAGAUCAAGAAAGCACUAAGAGGAGUGAGGAUAGAGGUAACCCAUCGGGGAAAUAUGCGCAGGAAAUAUCGCAUUUUUGAUUUAACAUCGCAACCAACUAGUGAGCUGACUUUCCCCGUGGAUGAAAGAGGAAAUUUGAAGUCUGUUGUUCAGUAUUUUCGAGAAACUUAUGGUUUUACAAUCCAACAUACCCAUUUACCUUGCUUGCAAGUCGGUAACAAGCAGAAGCCUAAUUAUUUACCUAUGGAGGUUUGUAAAAUCGUUGAAGGUCAGAGAUAUUCAAAAAGAUUAAAUCAGGAUCAAAUAACUGCUCUUCUAAAGGGUACUUGUCAGGUUCCUUAUGAUCGGGAAUAUAACAUUUUGCAGACAGUUCAACACAAUGCUUACGAAUCUGACCAAUAUGCCAAAGAAUUUGGCAUCAAAAUUAGCAACAAACUUGCGUCAGUAGAGGCACGCAUUUUACCGGCUCCACGGCUUAAAUACCAUGAUACUGGCAGGGAGAAAGAUUGCUUGCCGAGAGUUGGCCAGUGGAAUAUGAUGAAUAAGAAAAUGGUGAAUGGUGGAAAAGUAAAUUGCUGGACCUGUAUCAAUUUUUCACCGAAUGUCCCAGAACAUAUUGCAAGACAGUUUUGCUAUCAGCUUGCAUUGAUGUGUCAGACAUCUGGGAUGGAAUUUUCACUUAAUCCGAUUUUUCCUCCAUUAAGUGCAAGGCCAAAUCAAAUGGAACGAUCUUUAAAUGCUCUGUAUUUGAAUGCAAUGAAUAUUCUCCGUCCACAAAAGAAACAACUUGAUUUGCUCAUUGUUAUUCUGCCAGAUAAUAAUGGUUCCCUUUACGGUGAUUUAAAGAGGAUUUGUGAGACGGAGCUUGGAGUGAUCUCACAAUGCUGUUUAACGAAACAUGUUUUCAAAAUGAGCAAGCACUAUCUGGCCAAUGUUUCCCUCAAAAUAAAUGUCAAGGCUGGUGGAAGAAAUACUGUACUUAUGGAUGCUGUGAAUAAGUCCAUACCAAUUGUUUGUGAUGCACCUACAAUUAUAUUUGGUGCUGACGUAACACACCCCCAUCCUGGAGAAGACUCUAGCCCAUCAAUUGCAGCAGUUGUUGCUUCUCAAGAUUGGCCUGAGAUAACAAAUUAUGCCGGUUUGGUUUCUGCUCAAGCACACCGUCAAGAAUUGAUUACAGAUCUUUUCAAAGAGCGAUCAGACCCUCAGGGGGGAACUGUUGUGAGCGGAAUGAUUAGAGAUCUUAUUCUUUCCUUCCAAGAAGCUACUAAUUUAAGACCUGAGCGAAUUAUAUUUUAUCGGGAUGGAGUGAGUGAGGGGCAAUUCUAUCAAGUUUUAUUUCACGAACUCAACGCAAUUAGAAAGGCGUGCGCCUCCCUGGCAAAUUUUCAUCCACGAAUAACCUUUAUAGUUGUUCAGAAAAGACAUCAUACUAGGCUUUUUGCGAAUAAUCACGAUGAUCGCCGUUCUGUCGAUAAGAGUGGAAAUAUACUACCUGGUACUGUUGUGGAUUCUAAGAUUUGUCAUCCUACCGAGUUUGACUUCUACUUGUGCAGUCAUGCCGGCAUUCAAGGCACUAGUCGACCGGCUCAUUAUCAUGUCUUGUGGGACGAGAACAACUUCACUGCUGACCAAUUGCAAAGCUUAACCAACAACCUGUGUUACACCUAUGCUAGGUGCACGCGAUCAGUUUCGAUAGUUCCUCCUGCAUACUAUGCUCAUCUGGCUGCAUUCCGUGCCCGAUUUUACAUGGAACCUCAAACAUCUGACAGUAGUUCGACGGCUACUGGAGCGGUUGGUCAGGGUACACAGAAAAACUCGCGUCCUGACGAUGUUUUUGUUAAACCCCUUCCAGCGAUAAAAGAUAAUGUGAAGAAGGUCAUGUUUUAUUGUUAAACCAAUCCUAUUCCGAACUAAAGUACAGUACUGAUUCUGUUAGUUUGCGGUUGCUAUUCGAUAUGUUUACUUACACUUUUAUGUUA